AGAGCUGAACAUCUUUCGUUUCAUUUCACACUUGUGUGGGAGACACUCUGGAUUGAUAGCAAGUUGAUGCAAAACUAGGGGAAAAUUUGGGAGAUUUCUGCGGUGAAAUGCGAUGAGGAGCUGCACACUAGUGGUAGCAGUAGGCGGCUAAGCUACAAGGUGUGUGGUGUGGUUAAGCCAGGACACAAGCCAGAGAGAGCAACUACCAUGUCCAUGUCCACCCGCCUCCUACUCUGCUUCUCCUCCCACUCCGCUCGCGCGCUCCGCUCCGAUGCGGCCGCCGCCUCAGCUCCGUUGUCGAUGCGGGCUCCUCUUUUCCGUCUUCCUCUUGCUGGCGAUGCUGCGGUCCGGCGUGGCCUCCACGCUCGCGACGUUCGCCAUGGCCACGGCCGACGAGACGACCAUCGUGUGCGGGCUGCUGCCGUCGGCCUCGUCGCAGGACCUUGUUGACCUCAACUGCACGUCGGCGGGCGGAGACCACCGGCGGCAGGUGUCGUACCCGUCCACGCACCCCUUCUCCGCGGUGGCCGGCGGGGAGGACUUCCUCUGCGCCGUCGGCCCGUCCUCCGCGCGCGCCGACGCCGUCGACAUGCGCUGGUGGGACCUGUCCAAGAACCCGGGGAAGCCCAAGCGGGUGUACCUCGGCCCGCCGCUUCAGGCGCUGGACUCCAGCGGGUACCGCGUCUGCGGGGUGCUCGCCAGCGGGGAGCUCCACUGCUGGCGCUGGCGCGGGAUAGCCAUCCCCGCCGAGCUCCGGUUCGUUGCCGUCGCCGUCGGGAAGGGCUUCGUGUGCGGCAUCGUCGCGGGCCCGCCCCCGACGCCGAUCAGGUGCUUCGCGAACGAGACGGAGAACUUGGAGGCCGUCCGCACCGCGCCGCAGGGAGGUAGCUACGACGUGGUCGCCGCGUCCGGCCGGCGCGCGUGCGCGCUAUCCACGGGCGGGGCUCUCUCGUGCUGGGGCAGUGGCGCGCCGGCGCUGGACGGAGAGAACGCCACCGACGGGUACGCCGCGCUCGCCCUCGGCAAGACCGGCGUCUGCGGGCUGCGCACCAACGGCACCAUCCAGUGCUUCGGCGACGGCGUCGCAUCGCCGCCGGACGACCUCGCCGGGUUGCAGUACAUCGACGUCCAGGCGCAGGGCGACGCAUUCUGCGGCGUCCUCAUGGCGAACUACUCGUUGGUGUGCUGGGGAGGCCAUGAGUUCAACGCCACCAACCGCCUCGUCUUCGACCGCGUCCUGCCGGGCCCCUGCGUCCUCAUGUCCACGUGCAAAUGCGGCGUCUUGCCGGGCUCCGCCAACCUCUGCGCCGGCGGCCGGUGCGUCUGCGUGGACUGCGCUUUCCAGCUCAACGUCCCCAAGGCGGCGGCGCUGCCCCCCGGAAAGGACAGCAGUAGCAGGAGGAGGAGAAAGAUCAUUAUUUGGGUGGCCGUCGGAGCGGCUGCAUUCCUUCUGCUGGUGGUGGCGUUUCAGCUCACGCUCUUCCUAUGGUGUCGCCGUCGGCACCGCCGCAAGGAUGUCGCGGAUGAUCUUGGUGCGCUGCAGUCGCUGAUGCAGCCGCAGCUUGGGUCCAGCAGGAGCAGGGGGCCAGGCAGCGUGGUGGAGCAUUUCACUCUCGACACGCUGCGCGCGGCGACGGAGGGGUUCGACGACCAGCGCCGGAUCGGGUCCGGGAGCUUCGGGUCGGUUUACCGCGGCACGCUCCCCGAUGGGCGCGAGGUGGCGAUCAAGCGCGCGGAGGAGCACGCCACCAAGAAGUCGUCGAGCUCGGCGCGGCCGGCGCGGCGGCGCGACCGCGAGACGGCCUUCAACUCGGAGCUGAUCGCGCUGGCGCGCGCCAACCACAAGAACAUCGUGUGCCUGCUGGGGUGCUGCGCGCAGUCCGGCGAGCGCGUGCUGGUGUACGAGUUCAUGAUCAACGGCACGCUCCACGACCAGCUCCACGACCGCAGCCCCAUGGCGCCGUCGGUGAUGUCGUGGCGCGGCCGCCUCAGCAUCGCGCUCGGCGCCGCGCGCGGCAUCGAGUACAUGCACGUCUACGCCGUGCCGCCGAUCAUCCACCGCGACAUCAAGUUGGCCAACAUACUCCUGGACGACUCGUGGACGGCCAAGAUCGCCGACUUCGGGCUGUCGUCCGUCCUGGAGCCCGCCGGUGACUGCGAGGACAACAACGGCGACAACACGCAGCAGCAGCAACAGCAGCAGCCGCAGAAGACGAUCUACACCGGCGGCACGGUGGGGUACAUGGACCCGGAGUACUACCGGCUGCAGCACCUGACGGACAAGAGCGACGUGUACAGCUUCGGCGUGGUGCUCCUGGAGCUCAUGUCCGGCUGCCGCGUCGUGCAGCGGUACGCCGAGAGCGUGACUCCCAAGAACGUGGUCGAGUUCACCGUGCCGCACAUCCUCGCCGACGACGUGGCGCGCGUGCUCGACCCGCGCCUGCCCGCGCCGACGCCGCACGAGUGCGAGGCGCUCGCCUACGUGGGCUACCUCGCCGCCGACUGCGUCGGCCCCGUCGGCUGCGAGCGGCCGUCCAUGACCGAGGUCGUCGACGCACUGGAGCGCGCGCUCGCCGCCACCUCGACGGCGCCCGUCUCCCGGUCCGUGACCGCCCGCCGCGUGCUGUCCCGCUCCGGCACGGACCAGUUUGACCUCACUGACACCGACUAGCGACGACCGAACCCGAAGGUGCUGAUGCAAUGUCUCGAUCCGCAUUGCGUCAGCGGCCACUCGACUGGAGGCGAGAGGGUCCAAGAAGCCACGCGAUCAAGUCGCCAUUGGAGAGGGGGACACACAAACAAGACAUCGUGCCGAUGGGACCUCCAUCGAGAUCGAAAGCAAGGCCGGCCAGGAUGUGAAUCAGAAAGGCGGAGAAGAAACCAUUGCGGCGGGGAUUCUUCCUCGAUCGUCCUCCUCCUCCAUGGUCAAAUCAACAAGUGUCGACCACUCGAUAACAACUCCACAGCGACGUGCCACCGGUUUUCCGGUCAUCAUGCAGCAGGAAUUGGGGGCGAAAUGAGGUGAAAAGACACCGCACGAUAGAGAGAAAGAACAUUUUUUUUCUUUUUGUUUGUUUUUCUUACGGCGUGCACGCAUUCGUGCUGCAUUUGUUCUCCCUUUUUUGGUCUUUGCUCUUUGGUGGUUUCUUUGGCCAUAAAGAUUCUUUAUUGAUGUGUAAUUGUGUAUAGAUUAUACCAGAUCAUUACAAAGGGUGAUUGAUUUA